AAAAAAUAAAUAAAUAAAAAGGAAGCACAAUAAUAUUAAUAAUAAUUAAGACGAAUAAGACGAAAGAAAAAAAACCCGUAGAAGAAGUAGAAGAAAUAUAUGCUGUCCUCGGGAUAGUAAUAAAUAGCGAAGGACGGCGCUUGCUGUUCAGGCUUCUGGGUGAGAGUUGGACAUACCCCCUGCUGUGGAGGACUGGAGAACUUUUUCUCCGCUCCGUCACAAGGAUGUGAAGCAGAACAAAGCAUGAGCUUUUUGUUUAACCACUGCUGAAGAGCUGCUGAUAUGUACAUAAGAUGAGCGGCGUGACGGACAACUCCAUGGAGUCACUGUGCUCCGACCGCAAACGCAAGCUGUCCACGUGCGACACACCAGGUUUGGGGUGUGACAAACGGCGAAGAGAGCAGGAGAGUAAGUAUAUCGAGGAGCUGGCUGAACUGAUUUCAGCCAACCUCAGUGACAUUGACAGCUUUAACGUCAAGCCGGACAAGUGUGCAAUUCUCAAGGAGACAGUGCGCCAGAUUCGACAGAUUAAAGAGCAAGGAAAGGCCACGUCCAGUGAUGACGAUGUUCAGAAGGCGGACGUGUCCUCGACAGGUCAGGGGGUCAUCGACAAAGACCAUCUGGGGCCACUGUUACUCCAGGCCCUGGAUGGCUUCCUGUUUGUGGUGAACCGAGAGGGCAGUGUUGUUUUUGUGUCAGACAACGUCACACAGUAUCUGCAGUACAAGCAGGAGGAACUGAUUAACACGAGUGUGUACAACAUUCUCCAUGCAGAGGACAGGGAGGAGUUUCACAAGAACCUACCAAGGAACAAUGUAAAUGGCGUUUCAUGGGCAGCUGAGGUCCCUCGCCAGAAGAGUCACACCUUCAACUGCCGUAUGCUGGUGAAGUUUGUUGCUGAAGAGGCCGGUGGGAGCCCGCGCUAUGAGACCAUGCAGUGUUUUGCCCUCACGCAGCCCAAGGCCAUGAUAGAAGAGGGAGACGACCUGCAGUCGUGUAUGAUCUGCGUUGCACGACGUGUGACUGCUGUGGAGAGGACAGAGAGCUUCAACACCAGACAUGAGCUCUCAGGUAAGUUGAUUCAGAUAGACCAGAAUUCCCUGCGCGCUUCCAUGCGUCCUGGCUGGGAGGACCUCCUGAGACGUUGUAUUCAGAUGUUUCUGCAGCACAGCGAUGGGCAACCCUGGUCCCAUAAACGCCACUACCAUGAGGCCUUCCUCCAGGGUCAUGCGGAGACACCCGUGUACAGAUUUUCAUUGUCUGAUGGCACCCCGGUCACAGCACAAACCAAAAGCAAACUUUACCGCAACCCACUGACCAAUGAACCACAAGGAUUUGUAUCAACCCACCUGCUGCAGAGAGAGCCCAAUGGUUGUCGUGCUAACCAAAGUGGAGGCAUGAUGCAAGCUGGCAUGAGACAGCAGGCUAUGAGUGGUGUCAACCCCAAUGCCCAAAUGAACAUGGGUCCGAGUGGAGGCAUGGGCAUGGCUAACAUGGGAGGAAUGGGCAUGAACCGGGGUUAUGACAUGGGUCCCAUGGGUCACAUGGGUGGUGGAUCAAUGUAUGGGGGCAGUGGAGCCAACAUGGGCAACCGAAUGAUGCAGAUGAACCAGAUGAAUCAGAUGAAUCCAAUGAACCAGAUGAGUCAGAUGAAUCAGAUAAAUCAGAUAAACCAAAUGAACCAGAUGAAUACAAUGAAUCAAAUGAGUCAAAUGAACCAAAUGAAUCAAAUAAACCACAUGAAUCAAAUAAAUCCAAUGCAUCAUUCCAGUCCUGGGAUGCAGCAUCCACACCACCACCAGCAGCCGCCGUUUCAGGCCAGCGGUAGCUACGGACUUGGCGGUAUGAACAGCCCUUCCCAGGGAAGUCCUGGCAUUAAUGGACCCCAGCAGGGCCUCCUCAUGUCUCCCCGCAACAGAGGGAGUCCCAAAAUGUCCUCCAGCCAGUUCUCUCCAGGCAUGCACUCCCCUAUGGGUCCAGGCAGUGUGGGUGGAGGAGCUGGUGGAGGAGGUAACGGCUCCUUUUCUAGCAGCUCUCUCAAUGCUCUCCAGGCCAUUAGUGAAGGUGUGGGCACACCGCUCCCCUCUAGCCUGACCUCCCCACCCCCAGCCCACAAACCCGACAGCUCCCCCAGCAUGCACUCCUCCUCACAGCCCAACCAGCCCAAACCUGGACAUGCUGACUCCAAGAGCCCAGCAGGAGUCUUCGGUAUUGGAAGUGGAGACCAUCACCCCCUGCAUCUCCAGCAGCACCAUGGUCACACCCAUCAGGCCGAGGGCAGUGGCAUGGACCGUCCCGACAGUCAGGCUGCUGGAGCUGGAAAACAUCACGGGGAGGGAAGCAGCGAGGCAGGAGCGGCGCCCUCUGAGCCUUCCAGGAGGGUUCCAGAUGGCAAGGGCCACAAAAAGCUUCUGCAGCUUCUCACCUCACCUACUGAGGAACUGGGGCUAGGAGUGGGAAGCGCACCCCCUGGACCUCCCACAGCCACCAGUGUGUCAAUGGCCUCUGAAGGCAAAGAAUCUGCCUGUGUCACGAGUCCGUCCUCGAAUAGUGUGUCCUCUUCCACCAAUCAGAACCAAGUUCAUGGAACAGCGGGCGUGUCUGGAGCUCUAGGCUCCUCCCACUACACAGCAUCCCUGCAAGAGAAGCACAAGAUCCUUCACAAGCUGCUCCAGAAUGGGAACACACCUGAUGAAGUGGCAAAAAUCACUGCAGAGGCAACUGGCAAGGUGACCCUGGGCCAGGAGACAGGUACUGGGGUAGGAGAGGUAGGUCCAGCCAGUGCGGGUGUGGGAGGUGCCACAGCAGGAGCUCCACCUGAGGCCAAGCAGGAGCAGCAUAGCCCCAAGGAGAAGAAAACCCACGCUCUGCUCCACUACCUCCUCAACAAGGAUGACUCUAAAGAGCCUGCCGAUGGCAAGCCAAAACCUGAAGAUGUGGAGAGUAAAAGGGUAGCUGGAGGAAACAUUGGCACCCCCCUCAACAGAGUAGCCCACGACAACAUGGAGAACAAGAUCAAGGCUGAGCCUCCUGAUGAGCUGGACACCAUCCUGGGAGGCCUGAGAAGCUCUGGCGCAGACAUCCCAGAGCAGGGAGAUGUAGGGGGUGUGUCUGACGUAGAGAGUAAGGCGCACUCCUUCGAUGACGAUGGAACGAGCAGCCCUGGAAUGGGGCCGGGGCCACGGGCAUCCUUCCACAGGGCUAUGCCAGUGGAUGCCAAGCCGUCUGGUGGCGUGGGGCUCUCCACCCGGCGCAGUGCCCCCUGUCCUAUACCCAUAAAACAGGAGAGCCUGGAUGGCCAGCGCACGAUGGCAGGUCCUGACAGUUACCAUGGGAACAUGGGAAUUAUGAGCAGAGGAAUGGGGGUUCCAGAGCGAUCUCCCAUGGGUGGGCCGGGGGAAUGGGGCAUGUCUUGUUCCAGUGCCAGCCCCGUGGGUGCUGCCACACACACCUCCACGAUCCGCCCUGGCAUGGACGCCUACAGCUCUAAAGGCGUGAUGGUCAACAGGUCUAACGCUGGUCCUGCGACCAGGUCCAUGUUGCAGCAGCAACUAAUGGACAUGGGUUCCACUGAUAUGAGUAUGGUCAUGGGUCCAUUUGUCCAACAGCAGUGUCCAGACAGUCAAUCUCCCUCUUGGCCAGACAAUGUUGUGGGAAUAGACAACAACAGGCGUCAAUUUGGCAGUGCACUGGAUGAGCUGCUACUACCGCCCUCCACGUCCGAGGGACAGAGUGAUGAGCGUGCUUUGUUAGACCAGCUGGACUCACUGCUCAACAAUACAGAUGUCAUGGCUCUAGAGGAGAUAGACCGCGCCCUUGGCAUCCCCGAGCUCAUCAACCAGGGCCAGGGUGGAGAGCUUCCACCAGAGCCUUUCCCAGGGCAGGAUGUCUCCAUGGUGAUGGAGCAGAAGCCCAUGUAUCCACAGGGUUACCAUGCCCCUCCACCAUCCAUGUCCUUCCCCUCCGGCUAUGGGGGCAACCCCAUGCAGGGUCAACCCCCGCCUGGAGGCUACAACCCAAUGCUCACCCAGCAGGGCAGUUUUCCCGGGAUGGGGGCCAUGGGUCCAGUGGGGGGUGUUGGACAGCCCCGUGCUGGAAUGAUGAGACCCAGGAUGAUGGGCGCAACAAAGCCCACCAGACUGCAGCUGCAACAGAGGCUCCAGGGUCAACAGUUUUUGAGCCAGUCUCGGCAGGGCAUGGCCAUGAAGAUGGACAACCCUGGAGCAGGAAACCCUGGAGCAGGAAACCCUGGAAUACGACCUGCUAUACAGCCAGGAAUGGGAGGACAGCCUGGCUUUCUGAAUGCUCAGAUGCUGGCCCAGCGUAGUAGGGAGAUGUUCACCAUGCAUAUGCGCAGACACAGAGUGAUGAUGCUCAUGCAACAGCAACAACAAGCAGCAGCUGGAGGCUUCAGCCCUCCGCCCAACGUUACCGCACCCACGGGCAUGGAUGGAGGCAUGGGUGGAGGCAUGGGUGGAGGCAUGGGUGGAGGCAUGGGUGGGCCUGCACAGCAGCAGUUCAGCUAUGGGGGAAACUAUGGCAUGGGUCAGCACACAGACCCUUCAUUUGCUCCAGCUGGAGGCAGUCCACCCACCGGCAUGAUGGGCACUCGCCUUGCACCACAGCAGAGCCCCAUGAUGCAGCACCCCCAGGGAGGGCUCAUGUACCAGACACCAGACAUGAAAGCAUGGCCUCAGAGUGGAAUAGGCCGCAACAGUUCAUAUCUGCAGCAGGCAUUUGGACAGCAAGGCUCUGGUGGGCAGUACGGGGCCAUGAUGAUGAACGGAGGCUUAGGAGGCGGAGCCAGUGCCAACACUGGCCACAUGGGCCAGAUGAACAUUGGCAUGAUGGGUAGGAUGUCCAUGGGCCCAGAUCAGAAAUACUGCUAAAAAGGAGGGCCAAGCACUUCAAACAAACUGGGGUUGCUCUCACUUCAAGGGAAAUGGCCAGAUCUGUCUCACAUACACACACAAAUACACAAAAUAACUGCACAUAUAAAGCUCAUACACAAUGUGAGCACAUGCCACACAUGCCAACAAACUAGCAUAAACAAAAGACUGAAAUUGAGUGUAUGAUUAGUACCAUAAUCUUCAGAAUUGUGCUCAGAGUUGCCCUGUUUAUAUGUGCAGUUAGUUUUUUUCUUUAAUAAUGUUGAAUCCUGACACUUUGCUGCACUGGAAUUGGAACAAAGCGUGAUGAUAAGAGGACAGUGAAAAAGGUUUGAAAUAGUCCAUGUUGAACACGCAAGACAAAUUCUCCUUACCAGUUUUCUGAAUGUAUAUCUUGUUGUGUUGACAGAUUGGAUGUAGAAUCACAGUCUGUCUUGUUAAAGGUACUGCAAGAUAAAGAACUAUUCAGCUGGGAUUGCACUUUAGUGGGAGAACGAAGCUGAUUUACAGCAACAAGAUUGAUACAAUAUUUUUCUUGGUCAUUCUAGCCUUACCGAAAGCAUAAUGUGUACAAAAGGGUCUUUUACAGUUCUAGAUGUCCUCUCUGCAGAGAAGCAGCAAUGAUGGUUCAGAAGUGAUUAUGAAACUACAUAUGCAGAUUUAAGCAAUAAUCUGACCCUCUGGAUUUUUCACAUGAGCAGGAUACAGCUUCUUAGAGUAAAGGUACUGCAGUAUUAGGAGUGAUGUCAUAAGC